AUGAGGCGCAUUUUAUGUGUAGCGGAAAAAAACGAUGUAGCCAAAGGAGUUGCUGCAAUUCUUUCAAAAGGACAAAUGGUUCGUCGAGAAGGACGAUCGGUUUAUAAUAAAAUAUACAAUUUGAAUGCUGAAAUUCUCGGUCAGUAUGCUGAGCUGUCCAUGACUAGUGUAUCUGGACAUCUGAUGGAACACUGCUUUGGAUCUGACAUGAAGAAUUGGAAUACUGUACCUGUUCGCACGUUAUUCGAUGCUCCGGUGUACCGCGUAGUUCCUGAAGGGAUGAAAAACAUAGCUAGAACUCUCGAGGAAGAAUCUGCAAAAUGUGGCAUCCUAGUAAUAUGGACAGAUUGUGAUCGAGAAGGUGAAAGUAUUGGUGCAGAAAUUGCAGAGGUUUGCUCAAAAAGCAAUCCUCAAAUUGACAUAUAUCGCGCAAGGUUCUCGGAAAUUACCCGAAGAGCUAUCCUCCAAGCAUCAAGGAAUCUCACCAGGCUUGAUCAGAAAGUCGUUGAUGCUGUGGAAUGUAGAUCCGAGCUGGACUUACGCAUAGGUGCUGCUUUCACUCGUCUACAAACCCUUCACUUGCAGCAGCGAUUUGGUCAAUUACUUAGUAUUGAUGGUAAACAAGUUGUUAGUUACGGCUCUUGUCAAUUUCCGACUCUAGGCUUCGUUGUGGAGAGAUAUAAAGCAAUAGAGAGCUUUAUUUCGGAAACUUUCUGGAAACUUGUCGUCGACCACAGGAGAGGCGAUGCUAAGGUUGAGUUCACAUGGGACCGAGUCAGAUUGUUUGACCAGGACGUUGUGCAAAUCUUAUACGAUGAUUGUCUAGAAGCUGGGCAUGCUAAAAUAGAAGCGGUCUCUUCUAAACCAAAAUCCAAGUUUAGGCCGCAGGGUUUGGAUACUGUCGAGUUGGAAAAGCUUGCUGUGCGCAAACUAAAAAUGAGUGCGAAGCGUGCCAUGGAUGUCGCCGAAAAACUCUACAAUAAGGGAUAUAUCUCCUACCCAAGGACUGAAACGAACAAAUUUCCUCCUGACAUCAAUUUGGAGUCACUGGUCAACAAACUGAUCACUUCUUCACAAUGGGGUGACUUUGCGAAUGAGGUGUUGCAGCACGGCCCAAACCCACGAAAUGGAAACAAGUCGGACGAGGCGCAUCCACCAAUCCAUCCUUUGAAACUUGUCACAGAUGGAUCUCUGCAAGGUGAGGAGUGGCGAGUCUACGAGUUAGUUGUGCGUCAUUUUCUUGCCUGUGUCUCAUGGGAUGCUAAAGGACUGGAAACGCGUGUUGAAAUGAGAAUCGGAGGAGAAACUUUCCAUGCUACCGGACUAUGUAUACAGGAUUUAGGCUUCAGCGAUAUCAUGAGAGAUCGGCCCGCCAUCAACGUCGAAAAUUACACCAUAUACUGCGGCGAUGCUGACGAAAACAAAAAAUUCUGCUCAACGUCGUCUAGAUGCGCCUUUGUACGACUGCGGCAUCGCAGAGGACGUAAAGUCUGGAUCGUAAGUGCUCACGCAUCUACCGAAACCGCUGAGGACAACAGUAAGGACGCCUUCUAUGAUGUAAUCAAUGUGUUGAUGUCUAAAAUACCAAACCAGCAGGUGGUCAUUAUCGGAAUCGAAGAAAAUGCGAAGAUGGGAGUCGACCAACAAUUGGAUGUGCUACGAAAAUGGUAUUAUCCAGCAGAACGCACGUCGGACAACGAUGACCGUCUGGGUUCAACCCUUUUAACGCCUGAAGAGCAGCGCAAGCGGAAGAUGGGGACUCUUAAACUUCACCUCGACUACGUUCUGGCGAGGAACAUUCUUCAAACAAAAUUCCGCCAACUUGUGUUUAUUCAUGUUGGAGUACGGACUAGGAAGAAGCUUAGCGAUGCGGAUUCCUUCACAAGGUGCAUCCAGGACGCUGCAAAGGAAACCAUCCCGGUUCAAAUGCCGCGAAAGAACUUUGCCUUUGCUUUUGCGGAGAUAAGAUCCACGUACAAUUCUGUAUAUGUCGUCCGCAGCGCUGGCGAUUUCAACCAGGAAAAGCGUCUAAGAAGGAAGUCGCGUCGUCAGCUGCAACAAGACCACGAUAACGGGUGGACGUCAGACGCGGUGGAGUUCGAAAAGGCGUUGAAGGACAAGAGCCCGCGGAAAAUCUAUGCUGAACUGCUGCUAGCUUGCUGA